AACCUUUCUUAGCAUAUCUACCUCUACUUGUCUCAUAAUACAAAUAAAUCUUCACAAGAAGCCAAUCUUAUUCCUAAACCAUGGGUGUAAUUACAUGCACAUUGGCUGAUAUUACUAGCCCAGUUGCCCCUGGACGAUUGUUCCAAGCUCUUGCCAUAGACAACCACAACUUCAUGCCUAAGGCUACACCCGACUACGUUAAAUCGGUCGAGUUUGUUGAAGGUGAUUCCACCACUGUUGGUUGCAUUAAAAAGAUGAACUUUCCUGAUGCUGCACCAUUCAAGUACGUGAAGAAUAGAGUGGAUGAGAUAGAUGAAGCAAAUUACUUCCUGAAAUAUACAACCAUAGAAGGAGACAUGUUCCCAGACACAGUAGAAUGUGCAGUGUAUGACAACAAAUUUGAGGCAUCUGCUGAUGGGAGUCGCUGCACAAUGGUGGCACAUUAUCACAUGAAAGGAGAUAAUGUACUGAGUGAAGCUGAUCUUGAAAAUGCCAAACAAGGAAUUCAAAAAAUGUUUAAGUCUGCUGAGGAUUAUCUGAUUGCUAAUCCUCAACUUUAUGCUUAAACUUUUGUUUAAGUAUUACUACUUUUUUGUGACGAAAGUUAAGAGAUUGUCUGCUGUUUGUGAGCUUUUUUUUUUUUGAGAAAAUAAUAAUGUGCGAGUAGUUCUUACUGAGAUGUGUAAGAUUAAGAUAUGUUAAGUUAUUUAUGAUCAACCUUUUUUCGAGUUUCUUUUAUGAUUUGUUUUGUUGAGUAUAAAUGUAUUAUCAUACUCCUCCUUUGAUGGAGAAUCCUUUAUAAAUGAUUAAUAUAUUUGA